CCUUACGUCGAGUUAGCCCGGUUAGUUACUCCCAAGCUCAGAGCUCAACAGUACUCGUCCACUCCUCUCACCAGAUUAAUCAAAAUUUUCGCAUCUGUCAUUGGCCUUUUUACCCACUUCAACAAAAUUUGCCGAAAAUUAAAUUACCCAAAGAUGAUACCAGAGCUGCAAAACGCGAGUCAGGCGACGGAGUCGACGCUGACGGGCCAGGACGUAGAGGAUAAAACGAGAAUAGGACCGGAAGAGGAUGUGGCAACGAUAACAGCUUGGAAGAGAUACCAAAAAUUUGUGGAAAUGGUUGAGUCCCGUGGCAUUGAAUACAACAAGAAAUCCACUCUCGAGGCUAUGUUCCGUGGUAAUGAUCUCAUUUAUACCAAUCAACGGUGAAGCGAGACAGUGCUCACAUUAUUUCAAUGGAUUCAAUUGAAGACAUUGAUGCAACACCAUUCUGCAUUCCUUCAUUUCUUCUUAUUUUUCAUGACGACCAAAGAAGAUACCGCCAUUUUUACAUAUUAUUAUUAGCUAGCGCCAAAUGGGAUGAUUUUUAUUACUAGUCAUAGGAGAUCAAUGGGGAUUGCAAUCUCCCUUCGCAUUUUUCAUCUCCAUGUUUUUAUUAUUGAGAUGAACUUAGAGAAUUUAAUAUGUGUGCCAUCGGAGAACACCAGUGGCGAGAAAUAGUUGUGGAUUAUUUUGCAAUAUCUGGGAUUUAUGGAUUGAGAAUAGAAAAAAUAUCAUUUUACUGAUUAUUUUUUCCGUCCCAAUUUCCGUCAAUAGAAUUGCACCAUUCGACGCCACUCGAAUUAUACUGAAUAUUUUUCCCAUUCAACCGUCGACCAAUAGAAUUCCGCCAUUCAACAUCACGUGGUACAAGCUACACGGUUUCAAACUGAUCAUUUUUUCAUAAUUUUGCAUGUUAAUGUAUUUAUAGAAAAUAAAACAUCAUUUAUUCACGUUAACCACCUGUCAAACUGAGAGUUAUAAUUAGGUUGUGGAUUGAUUAAGGUUGUUGUCGCGUAGAAUUUUUUUUUCGUUUUCGUUAAAAAUUUUAUGGUGAAUAGUUUGAAAAAUUAG